ACUCAGCCUUCGCUUGGCUCCGCUGCUCUGUGUCCCCCACGCCUCGCUCUGCCCUGCCCUGCCCUCCCCUCUCCUGCUCUCCUCUUCUCCCCUCCCCUCCCCUCCCCUGGAGGUCUCUCCGAGCGGCGCCGUUGCCGCUGUGUCGCCUCCCGGGCUGCUGCUCCCGGCUCAUCCCGGGACGGCGCUCAGCCCUGUGGGCAGAGACGGAGCCGUCGGUGCCGCUUCCAGGAGAACGGCCGCCUCUUCCCAGCAGAGCAGGUGAGGCGGAGCGGGGCGGAGCGCGUCACCCUUUCCUCCCUCACCCCGUGGCAGCGUGGGCACGGCGUUUCCAUUUGCCAUCCAUUUGGGUGCUGCUGGGGAGGAAGAGCGGAGCAUCACACCAUGGCCCGGGUUGGAAGGGACCUUCGCUCUUCAUGAAGCUCCAACCCCGCUGCUGCUAAUCAGGGCCACCAACCUCCACGUUUCAUAGCAGCCCAGGCUGCCCAGGGCCCCAUCCAGCCCGGCCUUGAACACCUCCAGGGAUGGACGGGGCAUCCACAGCCUCUCUGGGCAGCUGUUCCAGCACCUCACCGCUCUCAGAGUAAAGAACUUCCCCCUGACACCCAACCUGCAGCUGCCCUCCUUCAGCUUAAACCAUUUCCCCUUGUGCUGCUGUUAUCUGCCCUUUCACAGAGUUGCCUCCCCUCCCCUCCUGUUUAUGGGCUCCCUUUAGGUCCUGGAAGGCUGCAAUGAGGUCACCCCUCAGCCUUCUUUUCUCCAGGCUGAACAAGCCCAGCUCCCUCAGCCUGUCUUUGUAGCCCUCUGAUCAUCUUUGUGGCCCUCCUCUUCACCCUCUCCACCAGCUCUCCUUCCAGGACUGCUCCUCCCAGUCUGUAUGUAUGCCUGGGAUUCCUCGGGCCCCAGUGCCAAACCUUGCACUUUGCGGUGUUGAACCUCAUGAGGUUCACCCGGGCCCCCCUUUCAAGCCUGUUGAGGUCCCUCAGGAUGGCAUCCCUUCCUUCCACCGUGUCAACCGCAGCGCUCAGCUGGGUGUCUCCAGCAAACUUCUGCAUUCAGUCUGAUGAGGCGGUGUCGGACUUGCAGUCCGAGUUACAGUGGGGAGGGAUUUACUCCCCCGGUCCCCAGCUGGAGGUUUAGGGAUGCAGGGCUCAGGGAGGUGAGAAAUACUGGAGUCCUGGCUGCCAGUGGAGACUGAGGCCAAGAACUCAUUCAGUACCUCAGCCUUCUCUUCAUCCGUUGAGGCCACUUCUCCUUUUGCAUUUUGCAAAGGAGGUCAACAGUAAAAGCCCCGUAAGUGUGGCCUAAAGGACUGUGGGUGAGAAUGAGAGAUCUUUGUUGUUUGUCCAAAUGUGCUGUAACAUCAGAACUUCCAGCCUGUGCCGCAGCAGAAAAGGAGUAUUGGGGAACGUCGGUGGUUUUGAUUCACGGAGGUCAGCAGCUGCAUGAAGUACAUGCACAGCAGCCUCCCUGUUUCUGUGGGGGUUGGGAACAGCGUUUUGUGGCAAUGUAUGAUUGCAGAGUGAGUGUUUGACAUACGUUUCUCACCUGGGAGCCAACACUGGCUGUGGCAGUUUGAUACGCAACAGUCUGGUUCCAUUUCCAUUGGUAAUCCUAACACUGCUGCCUGAACUGCACGCUCAGCUUCCCAGAACCGAGUUGGAUUGACACUGGCUCAAGGAGUCCCAAGGCUCAGAGUGCUCCCACAUCCGACCUAGCCUUCUCAAGCCACGAAGUUAAGGAGCCUGGACAUGGCUGGAUACACUCCGGGUCCCUGGCUUAGCCAAGGCUUUAUGUGGAAGGAAUCCUAUGUUCACAGUCACUCUAAGACAUAACCUUAGAGAAGCUCACAAAGCUCCAAAGUAACCACGAGUCUCUUACAGAAGAUCUGUAUCAAGAAGGAUCUCGACAUCAAGCUGCGAGGGAUCUCUGUGCAGCUGUGACCUCGAGAGCCAUCCCUGCUCGAGGGCAGAUCCUGUCGUGCAGCGCGCUGCUGUGCAGGAGAGCUCGAGGGGUGCUUGGGCUGCUCCCUGUUUUGGGGUGAGAUGACCGACUCCUUGCCAUGCUUUGUUUUUAGGCACGCAGUCCGUGUGCCCUCAGCUGUUGAAGUGAGUGUCAGCUAUGAGUUCUCUCAGGCCCCCUAGUUUGAGACAGCUUUGUGAUGGUUCAUCUCUUUGAGCCAGAGCGUUAGCAGUGCUGUUGCUGGUUGUCUUCCUGUGCCAGGCCUGGUGUGCCAUCCCGGAGGCAGUGCCCUGCAGAUGGGCUGGGGAGGGCUGGGCUGGGACAGGGACUGCUGCGUUGCCUGCCAGCUGCCCUGCCCUUUCUCUUGUCCCUGCAGGCUCCAGUUCAGCUUGUGCCUUCCAGGCGUGAUCAUCCCAGGCUGCAGGAGAGCAGCAAAUGGCCACAGCACAUCGGUGUCAGGAGCCCGUGAGCUUUGCGGAGGUGGCCGUGUAUUUCAGCAGGGAGGAGUGGGCGCUGCUGGACCCUGCGCAGCGAGCGCUCUACCGGGACGUGAUGCUGGAGACGUACCAGUGCGUGGCCUGGCUGGCUCCUCUUCCAGCCCCCAAACCCGGGCUGAUCUCCCUGCUUGAAGGAGGGGAAGACCCCUGGAUCCCAGAUGUGCGUAGCCCGGAGGCCGUGCCAGGAGACCUGAGCCCAGGAACUGGGAUUACAGAUAUACUGGAGGAUGUGCAGGGAAAGUGGUGUGGCCGAAAGGCGGUGGGGUAGUGCCUGUAGUGGGAGAAAUCAGAAGGGAUGUCCCAGGAGGCCUGGAGCAAGGUCAGGGUGAGCACAUCAAGAAGGCACUGGGAAAGCAUCUGGAAGAGAAAGGAAGGAGCCCACUGCACUUCAACAUAGGUGAAAAGCAGGACGUAGAGCCCAGGAGCAAGGAUGUGUGUCAGAUGAAAAAGCAGAAUCCAUGCACUGAGUGUGGGAAAAGCUUGGAAAUAGAUUCCAGCAUCAUUAACCACCAGUGCUUGCACGCAACGCAGAGCCUGUACAAGUGCUCUGAGUGUGGGAAGAGCUUCAAACGGAGUUCCCAACUAACCCGCCACAAACACAUCCAUACAGGAUGGAGGCCCUACAUGUGCUCGGAGUGUGGGAAGAGCUUCAAAAGGAGUUCCCACCUCACCUGCCACCAACGCAUCCACACAGGAGAGAGACCCUUUCAGUGCUCUGAGUGUGGGAAGGGCUUCAAAAGCUGCUGACUGGAAGCAGCACCUGCGCAUGCACAGACAGGAGAGACCCUUUCAGUGUUCCGCGUGUGGGAAGAGCUUCAAAAGAAGAUCCGAGUUAAAGCUGCACCAGCGCAUCCACACAGGGGAGAGGCCCUGCAAGUGCUCUGAGUGUGGGAAGAGCUUCAAAAGGAGUUCUAACCUCACACGCCACCAAUACAUCCACAGAGAGAGACUCUUUAAGUGCUCUGAGUGUGGGAGGAGCUUCAAAAGCAGUUCUGAGUUGAAGCAGCACCAGCGAACCCACACAGAGCAGAGACCCUACAAGUGCUGUGAGUGUGGCAAGUGCUACAAAAGGAGUUCCCACCUCACCUGCCACCAUCGCAUCCACACAGGAGAGAGACCCUUUCAGUGUCCUGAGUGUGCAAAGAGCUUUAAACGCAGAUCUCAUCUCAACACUCACAAGCGCAUCCACGGAGCACAACGACUGUAGAAG